AUGCCAUCCACCCAUCAUUGUCAAAGGUGCAAACUACCAUUAUCUAUUGAUGUCUCGCUAGCAAAUCUGAGUAAAGUCCAGGCUAAUCUUUUGACUUCGGGAAGAAAUGGAUAUGGGAAGGGACAACUCAAAAAUACUGAUCUAGGUAAUGAACCUUUCAUUCCUGAAGAGAGACUCAACUUGUUACAAAAUGCUUCUAAGAAUUCAAGCACCCAAGCAACACUGAGUAGAAAACUAUAUGAUACAACAGACUCGUUUGUGAUACUACCUCAAUUUGAACAACAAGAUGAAGAUGAAGACGAAGGGUUGGAUGAUGAUAACAAGGCUCUUUCAAAUAGAUUGAACACCUUAUCAAAUAUUUUUGAUAUUUUGUCAUCCAAGAAUGAGAUUGACUAUCCAGUCUGUAAAGACUGUGCUCAGAUAUUGCUCAACCAAAUGAAAAGCCAGUAUGAUAGAUCUUCAAAAGAACGUGAUGUUUACAUUCAAUUUCUUCAAAAAUUACAAAAUAAACAAUCACCAGUAGUGGAAAAAUCACAAGAAUCCAUUGAUGAAAUUGAUAGGUUAAAAAAACAGGAAAAAGAAUUGCUCGAUGAACUUAUGUCCCUUGAACACGAGAAAUCAGAAUUGGAUGAUGAAAUCAAGGAUGUACAAGAUGUGAUUGAUAGUUUAACAUUGAAAGAGCAGAUGUUUUUUAAAGAUGAAAAUAAGAAGGAACUAGAGGUCAGAAGUUUUUUGAAAGAAAGAGAUACAAUAAAGGCUGAAUAUGAGUUCAAUUUAACACAAUUGGAUAGACUAAGGAAAACUAAUGUUUAUAAUGAUACUUUCAAUAUAUCACACGACGGUCCAUUUGGAACUAUUAAUGGGUUGAGACUUGGAAGUAUAGAUAGCUGCAGGGUCCCAUGGCAAGAAAUAAACGCAGCAUUGGGCCAUUUGGUGCUAUUGAUGGCUACAGUGAGUUCUAGAUUGAAUCUCAAAUUACAAGGCUACAGAUUGAAACCUAUGGGUUCUACUUCCAGGAUCGAAAAAUACGAAAGAGACUUAUCAAAUCCAAGCAAACCAAAAGUUACAAUAUUAGAAGUUUAUUCAUCAGGAGAAUAUCAAAUUGAAAGGUUAUUCACACACUCCAAGCUUGACAAUGCCAUGAUUGCAUUGCUUGAAAUUGUUUCUCAAAUUGCUACCAAGUUGAAAGAGCUUGACUCAAAUAUUGAUUUACCAUACAAAAUGUCAAAAGAUAAGAUUGGUGAUGCCAGUAUACGGCUCUCCUCUAAAACGGCUAAUGAAGAAUGGACUGGUGCAUGCAAGUUCCUCUUAACAAAUGCAAAAUGGAUUUUAGCUUAUUCUAGUGCCCAUAUUCCAUCUCGAUAG